UGCGCUGAGGGAGGAGCUAAAGUUUGGAGGCAUGAAAAGGGAGCAGCGUUCAGUUUGUAUCGUAGAUUUGCUUUCACACGCUGGGAGGAUGUACGCCGCUUCUCUGUCAGCGCCGGGCGCAUUUUGAGGAUUUAGCCUUUAACUUUGGGUCCGUUUUUUUUUUAAAUUUUCUUUUCUUUCUUUUAUUAAUUUUUUUUUGUGCCACUUUUACCCAGGGACCGGGCGUUGUUCUCUGCGGAAGAUCCAAAACGAUUAUCACCAGACGGCCACUCGUGUGAGUUUAUCACUGACCCCUCCGAAGGAGCUUCAAGUACAAGAAAACAAGCAGCCGUUGAGCCAGAAAGGAUUCCUUUUCUCCGGGCGAACUCUGCGUGUGCGGACCUCUGAGAGCGCAAGAAUCCAGUCAAGGACACGCUCACUCCCUCCUUCGCCUGCCUUUCUCAGUCUGCAGGAAGAUGGGAGUGAAAACAUAGCUGUGCGGAUUCAAGAGGAGCUCUUAAUGAAUUCCAGGGAAUCCUAAAAACAAACUGAGCAUUUGUCGGUGUGCAAGAACUCAGCGGCCAUGUGCUCGGUCGCCGUGACCAUCCGGCGUCUUUUGGCUGCCGCGCUGCUAUUGGCUGGAGGCCUGGAGUCGGCGAGCGAAACUGAGGAGGACGUCACGCCACGCAUCAGCUUUCCAUACAAUGCAAAGGAGAGAUCGGCCAAAAAAUUUUCGGUGGGUGGCGUCUUCAAUUACACCUCUCUGCUGCUGAGCCAGGAGGACGACAUGCUGUACGUCGGAGCCAGGGAGGCGCUGUUCGCCCUCAGCCUCUCGGAUAUCAGCAAGACCAAGCUGCAAAAGAACGUGACGUGGGGAACUCCUGCCGGAAAAAGAGACGAGUGCAGCUUUAAAGGAAAGAACUUGGAGACCGAUUGCUUCAAUUACAUCAAAAUUCUCCUGCGGCUCAAUAGCACUCAUCUCUAUGUGUGUGGUACCUACGCCUUCAGUCCCGUCUGUGCCUACAUAAACACGUCCACGUUUACGCUGGCGAGAGACGACGCGGGCGAGGUCGUGACAGAGGACGGGCGGAGCCGCUGCCCUUUUAACCCGGAGUACAAAUCCACCGCCAUCAUCGUGGACGGGGAGUUGUACACCGGAACCGUCAGCAACUUCCAAGGGAACGAGCCGGUCAUUUACAAAAGUCUGGGUCAGGGAACGGCACUGAAGACGGAGAACUCUUUAAAAUGGCUUCAAGAUCCCGUCUUUGUUGGGUCGGCCUUGAUCGAGGAGAGCCAGCCGGCGAGGAACCCCGUGGGCGACGACGACAAGAUCUACUUCUUCUUCAGCGAGGCGGGGAAAGAGUUCGACUUCUUCGACAACACCAUCGUCUCGCGGAUCGCUCGCGUGUGCAAGGGCGACAGGGGAGGUGAGCGGGUUCUGCAGAAGAAGUGGACCACCUUCCUGAAGGCCCAGCUCCUGUGCUCGCUCCCCGACGACGGCUUCCCCUUCAACAUCAUCCAGGACAUGUUUGUCCUGAAGCCCACCGGAGACAGCUGGGAGAGCACGGUCUUCUACGGCGUCUUCACUUCCCAGUGGUAUAAGGGGGCGUCGGGCAGCUCUGCGGUGUGUGCCUUCAGCAUGGCUCAGGUGGAAGCUGCCUUCAACGGCCGCUACAGAGAGGUCAACAGGGAGACCCAGCAGUGGUACACCUACAACCACCCAGUACCUGAGCCGCGGCCCGGAGCGUGCGUGACGAACCACGGCAGGCAAAUGGGCAUCCAGUCGUCCUUGCACAUGCCCGACAAAGUCCUCAACUUCGUGAAGGACCACUUCCUGAUGGACAGCGUGAUCCGCAGCGCCCCCCUGCUGCUGAAACGCAGCGUGCGCUACACCCAGAUUGCUGUGCACAAGAUCCAGGGGAUGGAGAGGGCUUACGACGUCCUCUUCAUCGGAACAGAUGAUGGAAAGCUUCACAAGGCCAUCAACGUUAACGAUAAGAUGCACAUCAUAGAGGAGAUGGUUCUGUUCGCAGAGCCGCAGCCCGUGCAGCACAUUGAGCUGGACCCUCAGAGGGGUCUGCUGUUUGUGUCGUCGCACUCGGGCCUGGUGGAGGUUCCCGUGGCGAACUGCUCCAACUACCUGAGCUGCGGCGAGUGCGUGUUGUCCAGAGAUCCGUACUGUGCCUGGACGGGGCGGCUGUGCCGGGAUGUCAGGAUGGCGCCGCCCGACAGCCACUGGCAGCAGGACGUGGAGGAGGCGGACACAUCAGCGAUUUGUAACUCAACCGUUCCCUUCAUCAGAUCUGCCAGACCAGCAGCCUCCCGUGGAUCCCGCUGUAAGACCAUUACGGUCCCGGCCAACACGUUUCGCGUCCUGCCCUGCAAGCUGCGGUCCAACUUGGCUCAGAGGAAGUGGCGUUACAGCAAAGACGCCAGCCAGUUCCUGUACGAAACCCCGGAGGGGAACCUGGUGGUGGUGGCCCAGUCCGACCGCACCGAGACCUACGAGUGCUGGUCGGAGGAGGAGGGCUUCCGCCAGCUGCUGGCCAACUACUGCGUCAGGGCGGAGCCCCGCCAGGAAAGCACCACCCUGAUUGGUCACUCGCGCACGCCUCACGUGGUGCCGGACGAGACCAUCAUCCUGCCCGGCGAGUCCCGCUCCGGGCAGGCCCACACCAAGACGUACUGGAACGAGCUGAUCGUGGUGUGCGCCCUGCUGGCCUUCUCCCUCGUCGUCUUCUCGCUGUUCGUCAUCUACAGGAACCGAGAUCACAUGAAGUCCGUGCUGAAGCAAGGCGAGUGCCCCAACAUGCAGCAGAAGAAGGCCCGCAUAGUGGGGAAGCCCACGGAGAGCUUGCCCCUGAACGGGAACACCAUCCCCGUCUCCACUUCGGACCACAAGGGCUACCAGACGCUAAACGACAACUACAUCUGCAGCACGCCCACACACGAGUCCUCGCCGGAAAACAGCAAGAGCUUCUCGGAGGCGUCCGACCGGCGGCCGCUCAGCGCCAAGGAGAGCCACGUGGAGUACUCCCCGACCUGCCCGCGACCCCGAGUCAGGCUGGGCUCGGAAAUCAAGGACUCCAUCGUAUGAGGAGCGCCACUUCUCUGUGUGUUUUCUUUUGUUUGUUUGUUUCCCCAAAAACGACGACAUCCUGCAUCUCCCAUGAGCGAUACGGGCCACCGAGGGAAGGAGCGACGACCCUGACUUCCUCCCUGCAUCACAGCACAUCUUUUUACUUUCAGCCAUCUUGCUUCUGUGAUCAGUCGCGGAGGUCAUUUCGUUUUCCACUCCGGUCUGGUUUGCUGCGGAGGGUACACUCCAGGUUUCCACAAGGAUAACAAACCACGGCAGCUGCUAGGAUCAGACACCAUCGUAUCUUUUGAGCCUUUUCUGACGGACGCUCACAAAUUAUGAGCGUGCAGGCUAAGGAGUGAGGUGACACGGGGAAAGCAGUUUUAAAAACAACGGCAUCUUUUCUGGUACGUUAAUCGUCAUCGACAGUUGCCCAGCCUUGCACAACUCUUGUUAUGCACACAGAACCAAGCUACAGCUACACGGUGACCAAGAGUUCAGGGUAAGGUGGAGGUUAUAUACAAGUACUUCAUUGUCAUUAAGUUCACCGCACAUUUUGUUCCCUUUCUGCCGAAUAAAAACGUUAAUGACUGUUUGAGGAGAAUCCACUACAUGACGAACAACUGCAACGUAAAGAAGAGGGGUCAAACAGAAACGUCGGCUUCGAUGCCUAAACGCUGUCGUUUACCUCCUGAAUGUACGCUGUGGUGAAAACGCGGUCCGUCUCAUCUGGAGCGGCUCUUUCUUUAGAGUCUAAAUAAGAAACGUUUCACAUGUGGGUGAACGAAUGGACCUAGAUGCUCAGUGUUUCAGACUUUACAUUGAGAGGCUAGCGGCAUAGCGAAAUGGGGAACAUCUCCACCUCUCCAUAUAUUCAGGGCAGGACUGAAACCAUCAUGUGUACUGUGCCAAAAAACAAACAAAAAAAAAGAAACGCCAACCCAGAAAUAACUUGAUUGUCUUAUCUAAAUGCAAUAGUGCCAUCCUGUCAUGACCAUCUCAUGGUUCCUGUUAGCAUUGAUCAACGUCAAAGAGCACAUGGUGGCGAACCCAGGGCCAGGGUUCCACUGGAAGUUUCGUGGCACUAAUAAUAAAUAAAUGUGAAGAUCCACUUUUUUGCUUUUUUGGGAGAAUUUUUCUCUAAGACUGUUAGCUCAUAGCAAACUGUGAAGAAUGUGUUGAGCAGAAUAACCGAUCUUCAUGUGAGGGGGGCCAAAGGAUUUGACGCGCCGUGCGUACUUGCCGUGUGGCCGUCAGUCUUUUCCGUUUUCCUUCUGCCUUCGUUCUCACAAUGCAGGUGUUAGCUACAGCUAAGCUUAGCUAGAGAUACAGACUUUUGGGUUGGUUUUAGCUUUAUGCUAACGGCUUCAAAAAUGACGUUCCUGAAGAAAGAGAUUGAAUCUGGCGCCCUACUGGUCUGAAUGUAACUACAUGAUGUACGGUGAUUUUAGGCCCCUUGAACUCUGUCAUGCGUUUUCAUGUUACAACCAGAAAUGAGAUAUUUUUGGGGAUUUUUUACCAGACUUAUCAACACAAUGUAGCAUAAAAUAGCUUAAGCUCUGUAAGUGGACAGAGUACCUGAAUAGAAAAUGUAAAGUCUUGCCACAGAUUUGUGAAAAACAUUCGGAAACCUAGGUAUCAUUUUCCUUUAGUUUCACAGCUACAUACUUACCUGGGGUUCCACAAACUAAUCCCAAUAAAUUCCAGUCAGGUUUGCAGUUGUAGCAUGGCGUGGCAAAGUCCAAGAGGCACAACUACUUCUCUAAGGCACAGUAAUGAUGUAGAUGCAAGGUUUAUUCACCCCUAAUUUUCCAGGUUACAUGUCCUAUCCACAUGGCAUUCACCACACUCAGUCAAAAGCCAAGGUAAUGCUAAUGUGAAAGCACAGGUAAUCAGGGUUAAAGAUUUGCACAUUUCACUUCACUUAAAUCACAUGGAUGUAAAUCCAACUACUGCAAUUAGAACUGCAGCAUAACUUUGUUUUGGGGGGGGAUAUCAGUUGAAACAGUGACCAGUGCAACCAUCUAUAAGCACUGUGUCUCACAUGGACCUUUUGAGACUUACAAAAAAAACAUAACAUGAAAUAUUUCCAAAGAAAUUGAAAGCUGAUAACGUUGCCAGUGUGAAUCAUUUACGAUGUGGCAAAGUGUCUUAGAAUACACAGUGACUUUAAUAUGUUGAACAAAUAAGAAUACAGUAUAUAUUCCAGUAUUAAAUGGCUAUUUUCAACACUAAGCAGAUCUGAAGCUGCUCCAGGUGGACAAAGUAACGGCACAGCAUACUGCACAGCAAUGGCCAGCGUUCCGUCUUUUCCAGGUUGUUUCUUGUGUAAAUACAGUUCCUGUGCUAAAUAUUGUGUGUCGUUACGGGACGUUGUGCAAGAUGUGUCGUAGAGGUAGUCUUAAACUAGAGAGUGAACACUGCUGAGUAUUUUAUUUUUCUGUUUUUGUUUUGUUUUGACAUAGUGCUUUACUGCCAACUUGAGCAAACGCACGUUUCACCACACUAUCCGUUCAGCACCUUACCUGAUUCUAAUCAAGCACCUCAAAACAGGAUACUUAGUUUUAAGAAAGAAGUUUAAAUUUUUUUUUUAUAUAAUUGGCUUUUAAUUAGCCUCCAGAAUUGUUAAACAACAAUCCUUUAUUGUUUCAAACAGGAAUUUUUGAGUAGCUAAAAAGAAAACGGUUAAAAUUUACAAAUUGGUAACUGCAGCUAGCUUCUACCUGUGCUAGCUAGUGAAGCUAAAACAAACACUAAAAAGUUGGAUAAUAUUUCACAUUGUAUUGAGUUGCUAAAAAUGUAAUUUUAAUGCUUGAGUUCUGGUUAUAGUUUUAAAUUUCAUUACUUUUCGGUUUAGUUGUGAUUGCUAAAGUUAAGUUAAACACCCACAAAUUAACAUAGUUGCUACUUAGCUUAGAUUCCUAGCCAUCUGUCAACAAAUUAGAAUUUAGGCCAGAAAGAAGUUUUUAUUCUUGUGUUUUUAUAUUUAACACUUCACUACACGACUGAAAAUGCAGAUUAUGGCCAUUACAUUCAUUUUUAGUUAUUUUUCCUUCAUAUUAUUUAGUUGAACUACAAAAGUAUCUCUAAUUAGCUCAUGGAUGCUGCUUAGCGUGGCUUGCUAGGCUUCUAUAAACGAAUUUAAAUUGAGGGCAAAGAAAUUAUUUUUUUAUAUUUAAUAUUUUACUUGGUGACGAAAAAGUAAAUAUUUUUAAUAUUUGUGUUCUAGUGGUAUAUAUUCUAUUUAAUUUAUUUCAAUAAUCACUCCAAAACUAUUUAGCUAAUUUAGCUCGUAGCUGUUUUGCAUGGUGAAACAGCUAUUCCCAGUUUGAAUCGAAGCUUUUAUUUUUUUCUGUUUAUGCAUGCAUUUUUUUUCCUUAACCUUCUUGAGACGGUGGUUGGGCCUGUAGCUAUCUAGGGGUAUCCAUGACAACUGCUGGCCUACAAACAUCAUUUUAUUGUAAUUAUUAUUUCUUAAGCUUAAAUUAAGCCUAAUAGUAACUUCUCUGGUUUUGCACUUGCUAAGCAAACACUGUAUAUUUAAAACUGUAGUGUAGAGACAGAAGCUAGAUAUUUGCAGCUGUUAUCAACAAAUGAGUUACUCUCUCAAACAUUGUGUACUGCUAGCUGAAACUCAACCAAUUUCUUAAAAACAAGAAGAUUUGAUCAGAGGUGCACAGUAAAAGGAAUUCUACAAGUCUUUUUGGGGAGGGGGAAAAAAUGUUUGCAAACAAAUUGUCUCUGUAACCUGUGUUGAAGUGCUUGAUGGUUAACGCUGCCACACAAAGAAAUGCCUUUAGCGUUUAGAUGCGAAGAUUUUCUGCCUUCAGCUGUGUGCUACACUGUACACUAUCCAGCAGUGACCUCGUCAACAGAAAUGUGGUCGAUGGCGUGAUUGUAGCCCCGGCGGGCACACUUAACUCCACUACACAACACGGGUCGGUAGCCGAUUUACAUAAUCACCCAUGCCGCUUUUAUGUUUGCCUACAAACAGAACCGAGAGCCGCUCCACGCUGCAGCCUUGGGUUAUGUCAAAAAAAAAAAAAAAAAAAGUUAAAAAUACAAAUAGAAACACGGAGACAGUCAACAGCAUCUUAAGCAAUCGGUGUUUUUACUACACACUUGUUAAGCUGCAUUACUAAAAAGCUACAAACUGUUUAAUGUCACUGGGAUAAACCUGUGACAUUAACGUGCGAAACACACUCCCUCAGUAAUGAAACUGUACUGGAUUUGAAUGUAGCCGGUUAUCUACAGCAGUCUUAUUUUCCUAAAAAUCCAGGUAAUAUAUAUGACUCCACUUUUUUUUUCUUUUUUUUUUUCUUCAGGAUUUACGUUUAAAAAAAAAAAAAAA